AGACGCCUCCUUCACACCUCUUCGCGUCAGACUGUCGCUUUUGCUUUGUUGUAUAGCUUCGCCACGCUCUUUUGGGGAUUCGUUUCACAUACUUUCGUCCUUCUUUUAAUACAAUUCCAAAUAAUACUCAACGUCCACCUACUUAUCAAAAACCCAUCAUUAUGCUUCGCACCGCGGCCUUGAUCACCAUCCUCACCGGCCUCACCGCGGCCCAAAACCAAACCAUCGAAUGGUUCGUCCCCGGCGCUGAAGGCUCCGAUCUCCUCGCCUCCGUCGUUACUGCCAACCCAUCCACCACCAUCCUCCACCUUAGUUGCCCGACCAACGUCGACAGCUCUGACUGCGGUUUCGGCCCCGGCCUUGCCUUCUCCAUCAUCUCAACCACCAUCUAUGAAGCCGUGAUGUCAGAAUCCGACUUUACCAUGAGCGUUAGCUGUGAGCACAACCUCCAGAAGAGCGAAAUGCCUUGUUUUGUGUCGAAUGGAGGCGAGGGUGCGAAUGAUCCUGGUACGACCACUGAGACAUUUAGUGGAUCUGAAAUUGGGUUUUUGACCGCGACGGUUACGGCGGGGGCAGAGAAAUUGAGUGCGACGGCGAGUGGCGCGCAGAGCUCGGACAUGGUGACGAGUAUUGGAACGAGUGGGUCGGCUUCUGCUGCAAAGUCGCCUACGGCUUCAGGUGCGAGUGCAACUGCGAGUGGGAGCGCAACGGGGAGUGCAGCGAGCGCGUCGAGUACUGGUGCAGCGUAUAGGUUUGGAGUUGAGGGUGGCGCUUUGUUGGCUUUGGCAGGUGCAGCGGUGGUGAAUGCCUGGUAGGCGGUGGUCGUUAAUAGUAGGGGAGAGUAUAGGGAAUCUGAGGGGAGGAAGUGACAAUAGAGGACUGAAACAUGUAACAUUGAUCAGAGAUACCCCCGGAGCCACGCGUGGUGUAUGUAUCUCUACAUCGUGCUAUCCCGUAAAACGAAAGACCAUUAUGGCAGACUCCAUCUAUUGAACCUCAGCUGGGAAAUAGGGAGAGUCUCUCAAGAACACAGGUGCAAAAUUCCGGCCGAUAUAUCCUCUGUCAUGGUCCACGUUAGGAGAUAGAAUCCGGUGCAUACAUGGGCGAAAACAGGCUCACAAAUAUGUUAAUAGAAAAGCUUUAUCAAAAGUCGUCCAUCCCAUCAAGC